UGGGGUAUGGAGUACUACAUGGAUGAGAGAUGGAGACUAUCAAAGGAAGAUCCAAGUACCCAUUCUUGUAAUUCUUCCAAGUCAUCUUCUCUCGUGAGAAGCAUAUCCCAGAAGAGUUCAACCUCAAAAUCUCCUCUUCUGAGGAGUUUUUCGCAGAAAACCACUUCUCUCAAGUCCCCUCUCUCCAGAAGUUCUUCGCAAAGGAGCGGUGCUUCCAAGUCUCCUCUAUCAAGGAGUUCUUCACAGAAAUGCGCUGAUUUCACCCGAAAAUGUAGCAGCUUGGCCAAAGAACAGAGGGCCAAAUUCUACAUCGUCAAACGAUGCAUCACAAUGCUUGUUUGCUGGAACAAGCAUGGAGACGCUUAG